UGACAUUUAAAAAAAACGUUGAGUCUGUAUUUAAUACAUAUUCUCUCUCUAAUUUCCCAACAUCAACGAUAUCUUCAAUCGCGUUUUGUGAGAGAAAUAUUACAAACGAAGCAAAAAACGAAGGUUAUUUUAAGAACUUCACGCAAGAAUUCACGUUUGUAAGCACACAGCCUCACCCUCAUCCCAUGGUCAGUGAAAGCCAAGAAAUCUAUCAUCAGGAGCAGUUCGACAACAGAUCUUGAAUCAAAAUGGUGCAGACAAUAUUUCUCUUUGCCUUCAUCCUGUGUUCGUCCUUCGCUUUUUGGCUGGGUCUCUUCAGACUAAGCUACCACCUCCUAGACAGUUACUUUCGGAGGAAGAAAUGGCAAAUGUCGCAUCACCACAUCAUGAACAUGUGCGAGGCGAUUGUUUCAGGCGCACAGGCAAUAGCGUCAUCCGUGUGUGGUGUGGUGGUGGUGCUUUCUUGCUACCAUGAUGUGAUGUGGGCUGUCCAUCCUUUGGCCUCACAAUAUGGCUUGGCAGCUUCAAGUUACUUUAUAUAUGAUACUUUUGCAAUGUAUGAGGUCUACUUAUCAAGCUUACCAGAAGUGCCUGAAUCUUUUGGCAAACGUGUUAAGGGAUUUGUAAAGAGGAGAACUUUACUUGUGUUACAUCAUGUAGGGGUGUCUGCAUUUCUCUUUCCCGUGUUGGUGUAUCGAAGUGGCAUUGGUGACUUCUUUGUCGGGUGUUUCUUCUGUGUUGAGCUGAGUGGUCCCUUCACAAACAUGAGAGUUAUUCUUAGUAGACUCGGACUGAAAUAUUCAAAAUGGUACUUAGUCAACGGAAUAGCCAUGAUCUUGUCCUUUGCGAUGUGCCGAGUGGUGGUCUUUCCUUAUAUGUACCUAGCAUAUGGGGCGCAAUAUGGCCUUAGCGUCUUAGAAGUUGUGAAGAAAAUUCCUCUUCAUUGUAAUUUAGGCUGCCUUAUGGUUCUAAUACCUCAGUUGCAUUGGCUGAGGCUCAUGAUACUAGGAGCUAUUAAGAUGUUUUCUGGGAAAAGAUUAUCAGAAGCUGAAGAAAAGAUUGAUUAAAUAUAAUGUAUGGUAAUGCAUUUUACAGAUCGUGCUCUCUAUGUUUUUGUCAGGAUGUAAGUUAUUCAUUAAAAGUGCUUAUGAAAGAA